ACCCUUCGCUGAGGAACAUGCAAGCGGCGGUGGCGGCGGCGCUGGUGAUGGCGGGAUGCGCGGCCAUAGGCCUGAGCUACUGGUCGGCACGUCCGACCUCCAUGCUGCAAUACAACAUCUUCCAACCCUCUCUCGCUCCCGACCCUCGGUUCUCAAGAAAUGCUGCGAACCGUUUCGCCUAUAGAUCGAUCGGGCAUCAAAAUGGCGGCAGGCCGCAGGAACCGGACAUGCGGGCGACAUUUGCGAAGAUGAGCGCGUUGGAAAAAGUUGCUAAUCAGAUCGAAGAGCACGAGAACCUUUGGGGAUCACACUCGCGCCUGUACAGAAAGCGUGUAGCUCAUCCUGCUCUUCAUCAGCCUAGGAUGACGUACAGUGAACAGAAGACAAAAUCAGAAUCCCAGCCGAUGCAUAAGAUUAAUUUGACGACGAGGAGAAAUGCUGUAAAUUAUGACAAGCUUGGUUUACCGAAGCAUGUGUUCAGAGACCCGAGCGACAAGUACUUGAAGAUAGUGAGCCCUCCUUAAGCUCGG